AUGGAAUCAGAGCUAAGAUAUUAUGAAGUACAAGACCCUUAUGGGAAGGAUUAUUCUUAUUACAAGGAUGAGUAUCUUUGUCUUUGGGAGGUCACGCCCGAUGAGAUUGUGGAACGUUGGGACUGGGAUGUCCUCGUUGAAAAUGAGAAUUGGUAUGAGGACGAGGUACUACCUGCUUUCAAAGAGCACAACGAUCAAUUUUUGCGCAGAAGUCAAACUGGACCAGCUUUUGAUAUGUCAACACUGCAAAGUAAUUUGCCCGAAAUACCGCCCGUGUCAGUCAGUAGGGACGCACUGUCUGAGUCGGACCUGGACGAUUGCAGCAAUUCGGAUCCCUAUGCUAAUGAAGAUUGGAAUACUUCAAGCGAGGAGGAUAAUUAG